AUGCCCAUCCGCAACCCUUUUGCCCGGAAGCCCGGCGCCCUCGCCCACGACGAGAACCUGCGUCCCGAACAGGUCCACGGCCAGCAAACGACCCCGGGCUUCGAGCGCGUCGACACUGUCGGCUCCAAGGCGUCGUCCGUGCUCAGCAUCCGCAGCGCCAAAAGCCACGACACGGGCGAGUACAAGAUGAGUGUUGUCAACGACAGCGGUGUCUACCUUCCCCCGUCUCCAACGGAGGAAAAGGGCCAAUGGCCCCGCAAGUACCUGUCGUCGCGAGCCUCGUCGGACACGCGAAGCAGCUUUGGCGACAUUGAGCACUUCUCCAUCUCCCGGGAGUCCUUCGACUCGUACCGGCGGUCUUUUGACAUCUCGGCGCGAUCGCCCAUCACCGGCCACGACAUGCCCACCCGCCAGAGUCUCGACUCGGCCCGCUUCCCUCGGCUGCCACGAUCCGCCAUUGACCGCCGGAUGAUGGAGCGCCAGCCCCCGACGGCCGAGGAGGGCUUUGAAGACGUCGGGCUCGACGACCACAAGCAGCCGCCCCGGAAGCGCGGCUUCUUCUCCAAGUUUGGCGACAGCCAAGACAAGGACGGUCACCUGGCGGAACCGUCACCCGUCUCGCGCUUCCUCAUGCCGGUGCGCAAGCGAGGGCACAGCGGCCAGGGCUCCGAACUGGGCGCCAUGGACCGCCCACAGACGGCCGAUGGCCGCUGA